AUGAGCCCGGAGAAGCAUCACGAGGAAGAGGAUGAAGUGGACUGCGUUCUCCUUUCAGCGUCCAAGAUCCUAAAUUCCUCUGACGGGGUAAAGGAAAGUGGUGGCAGUGAAGCAGAAUAUGGCUGCAUGUCAGAAUCAGAAAAUCAAAUCCAACCACAAUCAGCAUUGAAAGCCCUUCAGCAUCAACUGGAAUCAUUUCAGGCUCUCCGAAUACAGACUUUGCAGAAUGUUAGCAUGGUACAGUCUGAAAUCAGUGAAAUCUUGAAGAAAAGCAUUAUUGAUGUAGAAAACCCACAAUUUAGCUCAGAAAAAAAUCUAGUAUUCGGCACACACAUUGAAAAAGCUUUGCCCAUAAAGAAUCAAGAAAUCCUUUCUAUGGAGAAAAUUCAUCAUUUUGAGGAGUCUAAUACUACUCAUUCAACAGAAGAAAAAUUCAGCAAUGAUAUCUCUCAAGGUAUUGAUAUUCCAUCCCAGAUACAUUUCAAGGACCUAUUAACUCAGAGAACUCCAACAGAUAAUAAAGCUUCAAACAUAACUAUGAACCUUUCAGAGAAUUCUGACAUGUUGAAGAAUUAUAAUAACCUUUAUAGUUUUCUACCUCGUGCACCCCAAAAUGUGAUGUCUCAAGCUGAUACAGUAAUUCUGGAUAAACUCAAAAUUACUGAGCCUUUCCUCAAGCAUGGAUUUUGUGAAAAUUUAGAUGAUAUCUGCAAUUCUAUCAAACAAAUGAAGGAAGAGUUACAAAAGUCACAUGAUAGAGAACUGGCACUUACAAAUGAACUUCAAACUUUAAAAACUGAUACAAAUGUCCCAAGCAAUGAUAAAUAUGACCUGUCCCCCAGUCACAAGGAAAAAAUUAACUCUAUUAAGAAAGAAAAUAUAGAAAGUAACUUAAAUGAAGAUAUAAAAUCAAAGAGAAUUUCAGAAUUAGAGGCAUUAGUAAACAAAUUACUCCCACUCAGGGAAACAGUGUCAAAAUUGCAUGUGAACUUUUGCAGGAAAUGUAAAAGGUUAUCUAAGAGUGAAAUACACAGGGGAAAGAGAAAUGAGAAAAACAGCAAAGAAAUUCCUAUCACUUGCAAGAAUAUUACAGAUUUAAAAUUCCAUUCCAGAGUUCCAAGACAUACGCUGUCAUUCUUUGACCCAACAAAAUAUGAAAUGAAAGACAAAGAAACAGAACCAUUAGUAGUAAAACAAGGACCAAUAAUAUUUGAAAAUGAGAAAACAUCCAAAGUCAGUUCUGUUACUGAGCAGUGUGUUGCAAAAAUUCAGUACUUACAGAAUUACCUAAAAGAAUCUAUGCAGGUACAGAAAAAAGUCACAGAACUAGAGAAUAAAAAUCUAACCCUUAAAACCAAAAUAAAACCUCUUGUCUUUACUACCCAAUCUCUGAUACAGAAAAUUGAAACCUAUGAAAAGCAACUUAAGAAUUUGGUUGAAGAAAAGAAUGCUAUUCAGUCCAAGUUAAUUAAAACAGAAGAAGAUGGUAAAGAAUGUCUUAAAGAAUUAAAAAAAAUAAUUAGCAAAUAUAAUGUUCUUGUAGGACAAAAUAAAACUCUAGAGGAAAAAAACAGUCAACUUUCUUUGGAGAAGCAACAAAUGAUAGAAACAUUAGAUCAACUAAAAAGUAAGGAACACAAAGCUCAAAAUGAUAUGGCCAUUGUCAAUAAUGAAAAUAAUCGAAUGAGUAUAGAAAUGGAAUCAAUGAAAACAAAUAUUCUAUUGAUACAAGAUGAAAAGGAAAUGCUAGAGAAAAAAACAUACCAGCUUCUAAAGGAAAGAAGCUCAGUUGAAAAUGAACUGAAGGAAAACCAACUAGAGAUAAUGCAACUAAAAGAGAAAGAAAGGUUGGCAAAAACUGAACAAGAGACACUUCUCCAAAUAAUAGAAACAGUUAAAAAUGAAAAACUUAAUCUUGAAACAGCAUUACAAGAAUCUAUUGCUGCUAGACAAAUGAUGGAAAGAGAAAUUGAGAAUAUUCAAACAUACCAAUCUACUGCAGAAGAGAAUUUUCUGAAAGAAAUAAAAAAUGCAAAAUCAGAAGCAAGUAUUUAUAAAAAUAGUUUGUCAGAAAUGGGCAAUGAAUGUGAAAUGUUAUCAAAAAUGGUAAUGGAAAUUAAAACAGAUAAUCAGAUUCUAAAAGAAGAACUAAAAAAACAUAGUAAAGAAAAUAUGAAAUUUGAAAACAGCAUCAAUAGACUUUCAGAAGACAAAAUACUUUUAGAAAACUAUGUAAGAAGUAUAGAAAAUGAAAGGGAUACCUUAGAAUUUGAGAUGCGGAAUCUGCAAAGAGAUUAUUUAAACCUAAGUGAAAAAAUAUGUAGUACACAGAGUGACCUAUCAAAAAUGGGUUAUAUUUCAAGAAGAGAGAAAUUCCAUUUUGAUAUUUAUGAAGACGCCUCUGGUCCUAGGAGUAAACCUCUCGCUCCUGAUUUGAAAGGUAUGCAAUUUGGUGGAUUAAUAGAGAUGUGUUUAAGGUAUUUUUCACCUAUUGGGCACAAGCCAGAGCACAGUAAUUAA